AGUGCAAGAUAUGGAGAAUAUUGCAGUAUAAGCAUUGUGUGUCAAUCUCCUAAUACUCAGUGCUUGGGGAAUAUCUGCAUCUGCGCCAUAGGAUAUUUUUACGAUGGUGUUGCAUGCAAAAAAUCAGGUGGUGCGCAAGUUGGAGAAUACUGCAGCUCUAUCAAUCAGUGCCAACCUGCUAAUAGCCAAUGCUUAGGGAAUAUAUGUACCUGUGCUACAGGAUACUUUUACAAUGGUGUUGCUUGCACAAAAUCGAGUCCACCUACUCGGCUCAGUUGUACGGUGGUUGGUGCUCAAGUGGAAUUUAGAAACGGCUACCCAGUGAAUUGUCUUACAGCAGACUGCUCACAAGGAUAUUAUUGUGAAUAUAAUAAAUUUUACAACCAAGGACAAUAUAUAUGCUGCGGAGAAUUGCCAGGCACCUAUGUCAAAUCAACUCAAAUUCUAAAAGAUCUUUUUAAAGGUAAAAUAAGGACUUAUGCUUAUACUAAUAAACCAUUGGAAUGUAGCGCACCGACUAGUUGCAAUGUUUUUACCGAAACACCGUACUGUGUUUUCUCAAAACGUUAUAAUCAACGAGUAUGCUGUUCAACGUUCACUUGCUAA